GAAAAUGGCAGCGAAAGGAAAGAGUUAAAGAGUUUCUCUUUCCACUGUGGUGUGUAUAUAUAUAGAUUGUAUGAACCCUAAAGAGAGACACAAAACUCUGAUUUUGGGGAAAAACAAAGAUGAACACUUGUUCGUCGUUGUCGUACCUUAACACCAGGAGCGAUGAAGUGUCUCCGCGUUCAGAGAUCGCUCUUACGGGUCCUGUUGAGACUUUGUUAGAGAAGAUAUACGGGAAACACAAGCAUCGUCCGAUUAAUUUGGAGACAAGGCGGAAGCUUUCUUUGAUUUCUGAGGAAUUGGCUUUGGAAGCGCUGAGUAAAGUUUUCAAUGCGACGUAUGUGAAGAGCACUGUUGAUGUAUUGAUCAAAUAUUUCGUUAAAGAUGCGGCCACUGUUGAUGGCUCUCCACGGCCGAGUCCUGAUGAGUCUCCGGUUCAGUCUCCUAGAACUCCUGGGAAAAAAAGUUGCAGGGCUUUUCAAGAAGUGUCUCUUGAUUUGGAAAUUCCCUCUCCUAAGUUAUUGAGGAGAGAAGAAACUGGAGGAUCUAAUCACAUUCCUCCGCUAGUAGCUCUUGGCGAACUUGAAUUUAAGAAGAUGUUUCUGUUGCUUAGCUAUCUUGGAGGGAAACCCCUUGAGGUUAUAUCUGGUGACGAUAUCAGACAAUGGAAGGAUUUGCCAAUGGUUUCAUAUGAAGCAGAGGUUUGGUUCCAGUUGGGAGAGCGUUAUUGUUCCAAAAAGGAGCGAAGAAGGUCACUUGAAGGGGAUAGUGAGAAGACUCAUUACUAUCAAUGUCAUGUUGCUACUGAUGGUAGUUACAAAUUCAAGGGUCAUCUUCUGGAGAACACUGGAACACACCUGCACAAGGUUCUGGGUGAUGAUAAUGUUUUAACCGUCAAAUUCGAUGAUAUGUCAUGCACGGAAACCAAUUGUAAUAACCUGUACUCUACAUACGAAGGGAUUGCUAAGAAUGGUAUCAUGGUUGGUUUACGUCGCUAUCAAUUUUUUGUUUUCAAAGAUGGCGGGAAAGAAGGGAAAAAGAAAGAUUUUUCUAGACAGGGAGUUAAAUGCUACUUUAUACGCACAGGCUCUACAGCGUUGAGUGAUAUGGAAAAUCCUUAUAUCCUUGACGGGAUGUCAAUCCAUGAAGCUCGUAUGCAUUUUAUGCAUGUGUAUAAUUUGCCAUCUCCGGCGAACUAUAUGGCACGGUUUUCUCUGAUUCUGUCAAAGACUAAAAAGCUUGAAAUGGACAUGACUGGGAUUACCUUUGAGAAAAUCGAUGAUAUACACUGCCAUGAUCAAGAUAAUCAUGACGUUCUUGAUAAGAAUGGGAAACCAUGUAUACAUUCAGAUGGAACUGGCUACAUCUCUGAGGACCUUGCUCGGAUGUGUCCAAUUAAUAUUUUUAAAGGGAAAUCUAUUAGAAGUAACAAUAUUAAGGGAACCUGUGGUGAAGACCCGCCUCUGCUGAUCCAGUUUCGGAUGUUUUAUAAAGGCUACGCUGUUAAGGGAACUUUUCUCUCAAACAAGAAACUUCCUCCUCAGACUGUCCAGGUUCGACCUUCUAUGAUUAAGGUGUAUGAAGAUCAGGCCUUAUUAAAUUUUAGUACCUUUAACUCUCUGGAGGUAGUCAAUACAAGUAAUCCACCAAAAAUGACGAGGCUAUCAAGAAAUUUGAUUGCGCUGCUUAGUUAUGGAGGAGUCCCUAAUGACUUCUUCUUGAAUAUAUUGCGCAAAACGUUGGAAGAGUCCAAAACCAUAUUCUACAGUGAACGUGCUGCAAUUAAAGCUGCCAUUAAUUAUGGGGAUAUGGACGACCAGAAUACUGCAGAAAUGAUCUUGGUUGAUAUUCCCCUUGACGAACCACAUUUGAAAGAUCGUCUGUCUAUUCUCUUAAAAACAGAGAAGAAUGCUCUCAAAGAAGGAAGGCUACCUAUUGGCGAAUCAUACUAUCUAAUGGGUACGGUGGAUCCCACCGGAGAGCUUAAGGAAAAUGAAGUCUGUGUCAUUCUCGAGACUGGCCAAAUUUCUGGGAAUGUGUUAGUUUACAGGAAUCCUGGAUUACAUUUUGGAGACAUACAUGUACUUAAGGCUACAUAUGUCAAGGCCUUAGAAGACUAUGUUGGAAAUUCCAAGUAUGCUGUGUUCUUCCCUCAGAAAGGUCCAAGAUCCUUGGGCGAUGAGAUUGCAGGUGGUGACUUUGAUGGCGAUAUGUAUUUUAUAUCCAGAAAUCCUCAGCUACUGGAACACUUCAAGCCAAGUGAACCGUGGGUGAGUUCUUCUAAACCGAGCAAAGUUUACUCUGGUAGAAAGCCAAGUGAACUAUCACAUGAAGAGUUGGAAGAAGAGCUUUUCAAAUUGUUCUUAGAUGCACGAUUCUGUAAGAGAGACGUUAUAGGGAUGGCUGCAGAUAGCUGGCUAGCAAUAAUGGACCGCUUCCUCAGCUUAGGAGAUGAGAGUGCGAAGAAAAAACAUAAAAGUAACAAGAAUUUGCUAAAGUUGAUAGAUAUAUAUUAUGAUGCUCUUGAUGCACCAAAAAAGGGGGCUAAGGUCGAUCUCCCACCCGGCCUACAGGUCGGCACCUUUCCACAUUACAUGGAACAUAAGAAGAAGAAAUUCACGUCCACUUCUAUUCUUGGAUUAAUCUUUGACACUGUAGAAUCCCAGAAUGCAGAGAUACCCCCACCCUCCAAAAUCAGUAAACUCGCGUGUUUAGAAGAUGAGCCGGUCCCUAAGUCUUACAUGGAGAAAUGUAGACCCUGGUACGAGGACUACAAAGCUGAUAUGAGCCAGGCGAUGAAGGAAACUGAUGAAAAUAAGAAGAAUCAGUUAACCAAUGAAGUUAUCCAGAGAUAUAAGCAGGAUUUCUAUGGUGCUGCAGGGUUUGAAGACAGCAAGAUAAGCCUGGAAGAACUCUAUCCCAAAUCCUUGGCACUUCACAACAUUGCUUACGACUAUGCCAUCGAAAAGAACGACGUUCGUUGUUGUGGAUUUGUCUGGAGGGUUGCAGGACCAGUCCUGUGCAAAUUUUACGCUAAGAAAACGCAGGAUAGAUCAUUAGUGGCUUCAGCCUCUGUGCUUAAAAGGCUUUUUGGUUGAACACACCUAUUUGUCCUGUUUGUUGUCUUCAUGUCUCAUGUCUCAUAAGAUGCGCGUUAGGCAAGUAUCUGACCUAAGUAACCAAACUUAUAGGUUAAGCUAUGUCGUGUAGGUCCUCUGUUUUAGUUCUGAUCUCAGAUUUGUCCUCUAGUGUACAAAUAACUUCCGUGCAUAUGUUUGCUUACGGAAUAACUAAAAAAAGAACAUGUUAAAAUAAGAAUAAGCUUAUAAUUAAUUUUAAUUAAUUGUACGUGGCAACUUCAGAGCCCAUGUGGUGU